AGAGAGAGAGAGGGGUCGUGCAGCUGUCAGCCGAUAUCCAAAACUCUCAUACAGCGAGGAAGUCCUUUGCACCAGUUGGUUCACCAUCCCAGCCUUGUUAGAUUUCCCCAUCACCACCACCUUCAUCUCCUCCUCGAUAUCUCUUUAGCGUUCCUUUCUAUGACUCUAAGGGUCAUGGAAGGAGGAGAGAUCGCCAAAGAAGAGGAAGGGAGGAGUACACAAAAAGGAGACGGAAGAUUGCGUCCGUAUGCAAGCAAGAUAGAUAAGAACAUAUAGUCAACCUUCCAUAUUUCGUAUGAGACUCAGCCUCCUGCUCGCCAUAUCGAGGCUGUCACCUCUUCCUUGAUUUCCCCGUGCACAGAGAACACGAGAUAAAGGGAAGAGGAGGCGGUCUUACAGCCGCGCGUAUGGCUUCCUCUUCUUCUCCUUCGACUUCCAGCCUGCACUAUCGGUCAAGGUUUGGCGACACAACCUUGACCAAAGUGUUUGUGGGUGGAUUGGCAUGGGAGACUCCCACGGCGGAGCUCCGCCGUUUCUUCGAGCAGUUUGGUGAAAUCCUCGAGGCCGUGAUCAUAUCCGACAAGAUCACCGGGCGAUCCAAAGGCUAUGGCUUCGUGACCUUCCGCGACCCCGAGUCGGCGAGGAGGUCGGUGGUGGAUCCCAACCCGGUGAUCGACGGCAGGCGAGCCAACUGCAACAUUGCCUCUUUGGGGAGGCAGCGACCCUCUCCACCACGAGGGAGGAGCCCAGAAGGGAGCAUGUACCGGCAAUACAGCAGAGUGCCAGCCCAGGUGGCCCCCGCUCCUCGAGCCCCAGUUGUUUACCCUUCUCCCUUCGGGUAUGUGGCCUAUCCAGCUGAGUAUGGAUACCAACAAACUGCUGUGUACAACCCUCAAAUGGCAUCCUAUUAUCAUCAACAAUUGUAUGGACCAACUUCACCACCAACUGUUGGACAUCCACCCUACCAUUGCCCUCCAAUAGGGUACUUGCAAACUGCUAGGGCAGGUUUUCCUUCACACUACAUGCAGUAUCCUGCGCCCCACAUGGAAGGGACCUUCAUCCCCUCAUCUUCACAGCAGUAUCCAUUUCAACUGCAGCCCCCACCACAUGCAAGGCAACCCCUGAACACUACAGAAGGCUCACAAGCUCCUCAGCAACUCUCCACACCUGGAGCAGACUCUGAUGAUAACCAGGAUGCUUGAAGGUGGCAAUUCUCAUCCUUCAGCAUAACUUCUGCUCAUCAACUGAUCACGACGAACAAUAAAACAAAUGGACUGAAUAAGUUGUGUCAAAGGUUUAAAUCCCAAGUCUUUUUCUUUUUUUUUUGGCAUCAAAAAAGACAUUUCCAGGGUAGCUACAUUCAGUGGUGAAACUACUUCUUGUGCCCUGUGAUGAACACUAAUCGACUCCAAACUCUUUCUUUAUUUUUUUCACUCUAAUUAUUAUUUUUGUAGAGCAAUCAUUCAUUGCAUCUCUAAAUUUCUUGUGUACAUGAUCUUCCCACCAAUGAGUCAGAAUUUUGAUGAUGCAUGCUGGACA